AUGCUCUCCACGCACUCCAGUAUCGCCGCUCCACCCGCGGCAGACCAACACAUCAUCCACGAGGAGAAGGAAUACACGACCGUCAAGGAAGGACUGGCAUAUAUUCUCAUACCCACUUCAGCCGCGAAGAUUCCUCAAACGACGCCAAAGGGCGACAACCAACCGCAAUCAGUCUUCUACAACCCCAUUCAGCAAUUUAAUCGAGACCUGAGCGUUCUGGCAAUCAAGGCCUAUGGAGAAGAGAUUCUUGAGAGGAAAUUGAAGGCAUUUGAAAACGCAAAGAAACGUAAUGCUGCGAAGAAGGAUAAAAAGCGAAAGCGUGAGAACGAUGGGCUUGGUAGUGAACCGAGAAAGGCUGGGAAGGUAGGAGAAGGUUGUCAGGCUGAAGGCGCAUCAGCAGCAAAUGGAGAGACUGCAAAUACUGCAACAAGCAUGCAGAACAUGAACUCGGACGAGCCAGGUGGUGGUUCUGUUACUGAGCACAAUGGCGAUACAAAGGCUCUCGCGAACGAGGAGUCAACCUGGGGAAGACAGCCAGCUCCAGCAGAAGAUGUUUCGAUGGCCGACCCAGCAGACCAGGAAGAUGAGAUCAAGCUCACAACAGAGGAAGAAUCAAAACCAGAUACUACUUCCGAAGCUAAGAAAGAGAUCAAACCACAUUUCCGAAUCCUUGACGCUUUGUCCGCAACUGGUCUUCGAGCACUGAGAUACGCCCACGAAAUACCAUUCACGACUUUGGUCACGGCAAAUGACCUCUUACAAACGGCUACGGAGGCAAUUGAGCUGAACGUCAUUCAUAACAAGCUGGAAGACAAGGUCUCGGCCAACACUGGUAAUGCGCUCACAUACAUGUAUAAGUUUGUUGGAGACGAUUGUAAAGACGCGAAAGGACAGCCAAGAUCCAGCGAAAAGUAUGAUGUUAUUGACCUUGAUCCUUACGGAACAGCGGCUCCAUUUCUAGAUGCGGCAGUGCAAGCAGUACGGGAUGAUGGUGGGCUUCUAUGCGUCACCUGCACGGAUGCAGGAGUUUGGGCUUCGAACAGCUACCCAGAAAAGUCAUAUUCUCUGUAUGGUGGAACACCGAUGAAAGGAGUUAUGUCACAUGAGGCAGGCCUACGACUAAUUCUCCACGCCAUUGCAUCUUCCGCGGCUCGAUAUGGCUUAGCAAUGGAGCCACUCCUAUCCCUCUCGAUCGAUUUCUAUGCCAGAGUCUUUGUCCGCAUAACAAAGUCAGCCAGUGAUGUUAAAUUCUUGGCCGGGAAAACAAUGGUGAUCAAUAAUUGUGAUACUGGUUGCGGAGCUUGGACAACACAAACCCUCGGCAAGAACAAGUUGAUGAAAGAUAAGAAUGGGAAGAAUUUCUUUUGGAAGCAUUCAUUUGGCCCAGCAUCUCUAGGAGGCGAUAAUUGCCCUCUUUGCGACAUGAAGACACAUCUAGCUGGCCCAAUGUACGCCGGUCCAAUUCAUUCCCCAGAGUUCAUCAAGAGGAUCCUCAACGGAUUACCAAACGUAUCGAAGGACACAUACCAAACUACAACCAGGAUCGAAGGCAUGCUUAAUCUCGCCCUCGAGGAGAUUUUCCCGCUUGAAGAGGAUCCCGACUCGCCGACCGCAUUUUCGAAGACGAGAAAAUACGAUCAUUCACUUAUUGACCCAGCUCCAUUCUUUUUCAUUCCAUCCGCAUUAUCUAAAGUCAUCCAUUGCAUUACACCUCAUGAGGACGCUGUGCGUGGUGCGUUGAGACAUUUAGGAUACUGGUGCACGAGAAGUCACGCCAAGCCAGGAAGCAUCAAGACCAACGCUCCUUGGGAUGUGAUUUGGGAAAUCAUGAGAGAAUGGACGAGGCAGAAGCAGCCGAUCAAAAAGGAUGCCAUCAGAGACAACACAGCUGGAUACCACAUCAUGGGCAUGGGAAAGAAGCCGACCGGAGCAAAUGGUGCAAACACGACCGAGGGUGGGGUUGGCAUGACAAACAAAGAGAAAACUGCGGGUGAUGAUGCCCCGAGUGAUACCCCGACCGAGAAGGAGACGUUUGAGGUCGUAUUUGACGAGAAAUUGGGGAAAGAAAAGGACACGAGGAAACUUGUCCGAUAUCAGCUCAACCCACGGGAGAAUUGGGGACCGAUGAAUCGUGCCAAAGGAAAGGCAUAG